CAGGCCUAGAUCGGAAGCCGAUUCUCCAGAAGCCACAAAUUGACGGGCUGUCGCCUCAAUAAAGACAGAGCGACUCCGAAACCACCGCGGCGUCGACGCCACAUCACUCCAUCACCGCUUCCCAACAGCGAUCACCCUCGGGGAACAAUGGGUUGCCCAGCAGCUGCGGCGGCGGCGCUGUGGUUGUGCGUCGUCCUGAUCGCCGUGACGAGGGGAGAGGCUGUGCGCUGCUUCGUCUGCAGCUGGUCGCCCAGGGACCAGGCCAACCGGUCGGAUCACUGCACCCACGCCAACUUCGAUCCGGAGAAGAACUUUGCCCAUGACUGCGAACACGGCUGCGAGUUCUACUCGCAGAAUGACCUCAACGGUGACUUCGAGCACGUCAGGCGAAACUGCGCGCCGUCGGAUCCACCCCACAAGGGCUGCCUGAGCGAAUCCAGUCGUGCCUGGACCACGGUGCGCUGCAUCUGCAACUCUGACUACUGUAACGCGGCCUCCAAGCCCACGUCCAUCUCGCUGGUGGUGCUCUGGACGACCCUGACCUUAACUCUGGCGGCUGUCAUCCGUCCACAUCUCCCGACCUGAGUCAGCACGUCUGCCGACCUGAGUCAGCACGUUGGCGACGCAAUCGCCAGCCAUGCUUACCGCUGAUCGCACAGCAAACAAAGCGUUGUACUCAGCAGCGCCCGAGCUCACCGCGUCACACCGCAGCACCGUUCCAGGACGUGUCCCACCUGGACGCCAUGCAAGAACUGUUCCCGCUAUGUUUCUCGCCGCCGUCAUUUUAUCGUCAGUCCUUCUCUAUCGUUGUUGUUGCUGUUAACGAUGAUGAUGAUGAUGUCAAAUAAGGGAGGGGGCCUCGGUUUUUUUUUAGGCUCGCCGCGAUUGGACAAACAGUUGGCCAACUCUUUUCGCAUAUUAGACAAACGCAUUUCUAUAGCUACUGACAGUCAUAGGCUUUAAUGGUUGUGUUAACGGAUCCCAAGUUCGUCACCGGUUUGCCAGACAGUAGCAUCACAGUGGACUCAACUAGAAGUCUUCAUCAUGUAUGUGCUAAAAGAAUUGGCCUACGUUUCACCAAGUGGGGCUCUGUCGUUAGCCAAAAAGCCCAUCGGUUGUCCGCGAACAUGCUAGGAGCAUUCGGUUGUUCAUUUCAGACUGUGCGUUCUGCGUUCAGAGGCAUUGGCGGGUUGGCCGCAUAGUGACACUCUGUUUGCGUCUUGUAAACUGGACGCGAACAAAUACACUUUGUUUGACUCGUGUUUGCGGACAAAAGUUGGUCAAUCGUUGGCACAGUAUGGGCGCGCUCUGUUUUUUAUGUCAUUUUUUAUUGUUCUGUGGUUGUUUCGUGAACUUUCAUGCUUAUUUAUAUGUUUCCUUUAGUUCGUGUCUGCGUUGAUGUCGUGGCGUUUAAAUGACUCCUUGGAACCUCAACAUGAAGCACAGGGAAGGCUGCGAACUUGCUUAAGAAUUAGUAAGUUUUGUGCCUAAGCUCGAGCACAACAUAUUUCUUUAGCCUGACAGUACCUAUUUGCAAGCAUCAGUUUCAGUCAAAAUAAGUGUUCUAUGAUAAACUACGAACUGAAAUAUGAGGUUGUUGAAUUCAAGCCAAUUAGUUGUCUCCAAUCCUUUACUGCGUUCAUUAGGCAAAAUCGAAAGCACAGAUCUUCGUUAUUUUAACGCUUCUUAGCUUGUUAGCCUCACCAUUCAUCAACGUGUGCAAUUGCAUAGGUUAAUGGGCAUUUUCUAUCAUUGUAUAGAAUAGAUGACCUUACACAGCAAGCUGUAACUGCGUCUGAACAGAAGGUCUCGAAUCAUAACCAGUCCUCGGGCUUACCACGGCCCGAAAUAGUGCCUUGACGGCUGCAAAGAUCCUCAGAGUUUACGCGGAGUCAAAGUCUAGCCCUACAUCGAAGUUGGACCGUCUUGGAUUUAAGGAGAUGGCCGGAGAAUAUAUGCUCGCCAAUCCCCCCAACCGGGGGGGGAGGGGGGGGGGGAGGGCUUUCAAGCACGUUUUAAAGGAAUAGCCUACAAAGAAGCGUGUUAGAUAAGCCAUGCACCUGUUGUCACCGAUGAUAAUUUACUAUACGAAAAGAAGUAUACCAUACCACUAUACCUCGGACGCAGUGUAAAACUGAGCAACACAUUUAGUUCUGAAUACCUUCCACGGAUAUAUGUUAUAUAUCUAGCUUGCAUACUUAUUGGGAUUAACAGCUGACUGUUCAAAUCGUCAUCUCACCCUGUGUGCCACAAACCCUUCGUUCUACUGCGGGGCCGCGAAACCCAAUGGCAUAUUUAGGUAGGAAUCAAAUCAAUGUUCCAUUGAGACUUUAUGGUUCUUAGAUUGAAACGUUUAGCGGUCGGGAGCCGAAGAAUACAGAGUCUAUUUUUAAAAGCGACAAGAGAACAAACUGUUUUCCAAAUGUUAUAUUUUGUCGAAGUUCGUUUUGUGAGAUACGUGGGCAAGAAAUAUCUGAACUAUCUUUCGGACAAAACGACUCUGUGCGGUGCCAAGCGAGCCAUAUAUCACCUGAAAAUUGAGUUCUCGAUUGCGUAAAGACAUUUUCAGUUUUUACUGUGUACUCUCUAAACGCCAUCACCUAUUGAGUAAAUCCCAUCGACGCGUCGUAUUGUCGUCUUACUGUUUUAGAGGCAGGUUAGUCACAGUGACGCAUUCAACAACACGUUUAUCGCCUCUUAAAUACUGCGAAAGUCAACACUGCCUUUAGCAUAUAUUGAUAUUCCGAAUUCCACCAGAAGCAACCAAUGUACAUAGAACCUUAUGAGUUGUAUAUUGCGAUAUAAAUACGAAAUAUUUAGGUGCACCUUAACAAUGUUGUUCUUAGGCGACGCAUGCAGCGUGUUCAUUCAAAGUACUCAAGUUUCUUUAAUCUUAUGAGGUAUACCUCCAGCGCUAUAAUAGAAUCUACGUGCCACAGCCGGAAACAAAGCCAAUCCACUCAUCAACUCGUGAUUUUGGUGUUAAUUUAAAAUUCGAGAGUGCGUAAUCGCAUUAGGGGGAAGAGUUUACAAAGCGCCAGGCAUGACUUCAUCGGCGUGAUGAAUGAAGGAUUAAAUACUGCUGAACCCUUUGAAUUGCGCGGUUGCUAGCUCCACCUGUUUAGUGUGCAAGGUAGAUAUAGUACCCCUGGUGGCGUGACCCGAAUAUCUCCGCCAUGCAUGUAGGUGUACUUUAGAUCCGUAUUCGGAUAAACUUGUGGAGUAAGUCCAUAGGGCCAAUUCCUGCAAUCUGGCAAGCAUUUAUGCACAUCACAACGCUGUGCGCCUUCCCAAAGGUCUAAGGCGUUCAAACAGGCCAAUCAGGGCUACCGAAUUACCCUAUGGGCUUAGUCCACAAGCUUUUCCGAAGACGCGUCCGGGUUGUCUCCACCAGCCUCUGAAGAGGUAUUUCUAAUAAACCAAUUUGUCUCGGAACAACCUUUCAUCGAUGCAAUGACCGCGUUAGAAUAAGUAGCGUAGUAUGCGGCUAGCUCAGCGAGGAAGCAAUCACUGGCGGGUGUGUAAUUUGAUACACGCAGUCGAUAACUGUGGCGCCCCCACCUGGAAUCUCCGGUUACCCACAAUUUGAGUCCUCAGUUCCACGAAUUGGGGCGGUUUAAAGGCCCGCAUAAUGCAGGCGCAUCUCUAAAACAAAUUUAUUUAAAGCCUGUAGGUGUUCAUUGUUCCUGAAAAGAGUGCUCCUGUAGCCUAAUGUACAUAGUGUCCUAUACGUACCGGCGGUGUUUGUCUCGGCCGUUCACCCCACGCCAGUGUACAAUAAAAAGCCCCGUAUUUUACCUCGGCUGCCGCCGAUCAAGACGU